UUCCUAGCGACAAUGGCAGCAAUGUUGGGAGCUGCGGGCGGAGCAGGCGAUCUGGGCGCUUUACCGCUUGAACAGUGGUUCUUUGAGAUGCCCGUGUGCACGCGAUGGUGGACGACUGCCACGGUGGUUACUGGGUUGCUGGUGCAAUGUCAUGUGUUGACGCCCUUUCAAUUAUUCUAUUCCUUUCGUGCUGUAUUUGUUCGCUCGCAGUACUGGCGCCUCUUUACCACAUUCAUCUACUUUGGCCCUUUGAGCUUGAAUUUGCUGUAUCACAUUUUCUUUAUCCAGCGCUAUGCAAGGAUGCUUGAGGAGAGUGCUGUGAGCCAAGCGCACUUUACAUGGAUGCUGGCGUAUGCGGUUACAGUAUUGCUUUGCCUGGCGCCUCUGGUAUCUGUGGUUUUCCUGGGCAGUAUACUCAGCAGCACUCUCGUCUACAUCUGGAGUCGCAAACACCCUGAUGUCCAACUUUCUUUCCUUGGCUUGUUUAUCUUUCGCGCGCCCUUUUUGCCUUGGGUUAUGAUUGGGUUGAGUGUGGUUAUGCAUGGUAAUUGGCCCAAGGAUGAGUUGUGUGGGAUUGCUGUGGGACAUGAUUAUGAUACUAACGGUCUCACAGUCUAUUACUUCUUCAACGACAUUUAUCCAGCAAACCACAAUGGGCAGCGACCCCUGGAUCCGCCCAUGUGGUGGCAGAGACUGAUACGAGGAAAUGCGGUCAUGGAUGCAGAGGUUGCGCAACAGAGACGCGCUGAUUAA